AUUUUGAAAAUCAUAGAAUCGCCCGCGUUCACUGCUUGGUUGGUCCUCGCCUGCGGCGAGCUCGGGGGUAUCAGGAGUCCAGCGGGUCUGUCUUGGAGGGAAGCUUUAUCUGCGGAAGCCGCGGACUGGAAUAGGAGUGAUCCGGUCAGACGUGGCGCCGCCGGACAGUGCCACCAUGGGGACCACAGCCCCAGGUCCCAUUUACCUUCUGGAUCUGUGUGACCAGAAACUCCUGGACUUUGUCUGCAAUGUGGACAAUAAGGAUUUCAUGUGGCUCAAGGAGAUUGAGAAGGAGGCUGAGCGCAUGUUUAUCAGAGAAUUCAGCAAUGAGCCAGAGCUGAUGCCCAAAACUCCUUCUCAGAAAAACCGUCGGAAGAAGAAGCGGGUGUCUAACAUUCAGGAUGAAAACAGAGAUCCCUUGAGGAAAAGGUUAUCCCACAGAAAGUCCCGAAGCAGUCAGGUGGGCACCCGGCACCUCCGCAGCAAGCCGCUUACAAUUGUUGAGGAGAAUGGCUCCCCUGUGUUGCCGAGGAUAACCCGGGCUGCAGCAGCAGCAGCAGCAGCAGCAGCAGCAGUGUCAGCAUCUGCAUCUGUGGCAUCAGCUUCUUCCUCUUCCAUUGCUGGGUCUCCCACAGGGCUGAUCAAGAAAGCUGUGGUAGAGAUAGGCACCACUGAACAAUUGAAUGCCGAGCUGCAACUCACUAAGCUCAGAGGGAGCCGUCCUCCAUCUUCAGUCCCUUCUCCAGCCACAGCUUCAGUUUCCCAAGGCACCCUGGCAUCAGAGGAGGAACCAACAGCCAAGAAAUCAGAGGCUGGGAAGCUGGACUCUGUCACAGUGAACUCCCUCAUGGCUACCCCUCAGAGCUCCAAGAACCCAGGGGUUGGGGAAGGACGUUCUGUUUCCAAGCUCAAGAUUGCUCGGGCCUCCCGGGGCCUGCAGGACUCUCCUGGCUCCACAGACUCUCCAUGGCAAGAGCGGGUGCUUUCUCCUAUCUUGCCGACUAACAUCCUGCCCACCACAGCCAAGAGCCCUCUUGGGAAUAGUCAGUCAGCGCAGCAAAACCUGAUUUCCCAGGAUUCCCAAGUGCUACUAGCCAAAAAGUAUCGUUUGGUGGCAGAACAACAAAAUACCAGGCGCAGAUCAAGCAGGAUUGCCAAGGCUAGCAAAGAACCUGAGGCCUCUGCCCGCAUCAUUUGUCACAGUUACCUGGAGAGGCUCCUGAAUGUUGAAGUGCCUCAGAACGUUGGCCUGGAACAGGAGCCUGUUGAGGUGGCUGAGCCUGAGGAGGCAGAAGAGGAGCAAAAGGAAAGGCCACAGGUCUCCAAACCCCUCAGUGCCACCAUGAUUGCGAUUAGUACGCCCACCUCGAAGCCUAUGGCCACUGGCCAGACAACAGCUGUUGAAGAGCAAGAAGCCGAGCUUGACCAAACAGAUGGACACAGAGAACCACCCCAGAGUGUCAGGAGGAAACGCAGCUACAAGCAGGCAAUGAGAGAACCGGAUGAGGAGCAACUGGAAGAUGAAGAACUGCAGCCCACCCGUAACAAGACCCCUUCCCCACCCUGUCCAGCCAACAAGGUGGUACGGCCUCUCCGGACUUUCCUGCACACAGUGCAGAAGAACCAGAUGCUCAUGACCCCCACUCUGGCCUCCCGCAGCAAUGUCAUGAAGUCCUUUAUUAAACGCAACACUCCACUCCGUGUGGACCCUAAGGAGAAGGAGCGCCAGCGCCUAGAGAGCCUGCGACGGAAGGAGGAGGCCGAGCAGCUGCGCAGACAGAAGGUAGAGGAAGACAAGCGGCGGCAACUGGAGGAGGUGAAGCUGAAGCGUGAAGAGCGCCUCCGCAAGGUAUUGCAGGCCCGUGAGCGGGUGGAACAGAUGAAGGAGGAAAAGAAGAAGCAGAUUGAGCAGAAGUUUGCUCAGAUUGAUGAGAAGACAGAAAAGGCUAAGGAAGAGCGGCUGGCAGAGGCAAAGAAGAAGGCGACUGCCAAGAAGAUGGAAGAGGUAGAGGCUCGCAGGAAGCAGAAAGAGGAGGCUCGCAGGCUCAGGUGGCUCCAACAGGAGGAAGAGGAGCGGCGGCAUCAAGAAAUGUUACAGCGGAAGAAGGAGGAAGAACAGGAGCGCCGCAAAGCAGUUGAGGCCAGGAGACUGGCAGAACAGCGUGAGCAAGAGCGGCGGAGGGAGCAGGAACGCAGAGAGCAGGAACGGAGGGAGCAGGAACGGAAGGAACAGGAACGGAGGGAGCAGGAACGGAGGGAACAGGAACGGAAGGAACAGGAACGGAGGGAACAGGAACGGAAGGAACAGGAACGGAGGGAGCAGGAACGUCUUCGGGCUAAGAGGGAGAUGCAGGAGAGAGAGAAAGCCCUGCGACUCCAAAAGGAACGACUUCAGAGGGAACUGGAGGAGAAGAAGAGGAAGGAAGAGCAGCAGCGCCUGGCUGAGCAGAAACUGCAGGAGGAUCAGGAAAAGAAAGCUAAGGAGGCAGCAGCAGCCAACCAAGUCCUGAAUGUAACUGUGGAUGUGCAGUCUCCCGUUUGUACCUCAUAUCAAAUGACUCCACAAGGACCCAAAUCCUUCCCCAAGGUCAACGUCGAUGACUAUGGGAUGGACCUAAAUAGUGAUGACUCCACAGAUGAUGAGGCCCAUCCCCGGAAACCCAUCCCUUCCUGGGCUAAAGGCACCCAACUCAGCCAGGCUGUCAUCCACCAGUACUACCAUCCUUUAAACACUCAAGAGCUCUUUGGAUCUAUUCCCCAAUUGGACUUGGAGGACAUGUUUAAGAUGAAGAAGACUCGCUACUACAAGCGCACUAGCUCUGCUUUUUGGAACUCACCACCCCUGAAAGCCACUCUGGUCCCCAGCAGUAGGGACUAGCCUCUAGCCUGAAGAAGAUGUGAGGCAGGCCCUCAACCCUUUUGGCAGUACAGGGCCCAUGUGUGUCUUUCUGUUUGUUUCUCUGCCUGUUUCUGUGUUGGGCUGGUGCCCUUCUGUCUGACAUGCCAUUGUUCAGGGAGAUUUCAAUGUCCUCUGUUUGUCAGCUGUUCCCAGACCUGUUUGGAGAAUGGGCUUCAUGCCUGGGGAAGAGCCAGGUUCAGCCCUGAUCCAUCUGUAGGCAGUACUCUGUAAAUAAAUUGUUACAGUUCAUUUGAA